CGAGGACAGGAAACAAAGCACAGAGCUCGCAUUGCUGAGCUCCGACUGACUCCAGGAUAGCGCUACAGUCCAGUAGUACGCGCGAGACGACGAUGGAGACAUCGGCAAGCCAUGCGGUACUGCUGUGUUUCGGUCUCGCCUUCGGGUUCUUAAUGGUAGAUGCGAACACAGUGCGAACGCAAAGUCUGGAAGAGGACGUUGAAGGCAUCAUUCAAGAGCUUACGAAGAAAAUUAUGCCGCUGGCUUCUGAAUUAGCUGGGGAUGAAAAUCUCAGUCCACGAUGUGCGGCUAGUCUGAUGAAGACCUUCAUGGGGUUGAGGACUGGCGAUGCUUGGGCGUUAAGAAUGAUCCUUGCCAACGGUCUAGUAGCCAACAACAUGAUGGAGUUCGGCUUUACGAACCUGGGUGGCUACGAACAGUGCUUGAAGACGACGGUUCGCUCGAAGGACAACGACGUCAUCUUCAAGGGCCAGUACUGCACCUUGCUCUACCGCCUUCCCUACGACUUCACCAUCAAUCUCAUCAAACGCUUCCAGAAGAUUGGAGAAAUGCACGGUCGAGCCAACAUGCUAGAGUACCCGGACGACGUCCGUUCUCGAAUGCCUUCGUUCCGGUGCGGAAUAUGCAUCCCUUCCGCCUGUACGCAGGAAGAAGCAAAUUUCCUGGCAAGCUACGCGGUAACACGGUACGGCGCUAACGCAACUGUGAACGGGUGCCGCACCGCAGACCCCAAGAAGGUCCACACGAAACACCUCAUUAGCAUGGUCGUACUGGGACUGCUGUUCACGUUCGUUGCCCUAGGUACCUGCGUGGAACUGUGCCUCUCACGACGGGACGUCUCCAACGGAAAGAAACCAACAUACGGUACACUUACUAAGGUGGUGUUGGCCUUCUCGGCCAUCUCGAAUAGCAGGCGGUUGUUUAACAUGCAAACCAGAAAAGGCAGCGAACCUCUGCAAUUCUUGAACGGUCUCAAGUUCCUUAUGGUUCUCUGGGUCAUACUGGGACAUACCUACAUCGUCAAUCAGCUGGAGUACUACCACUCCAUUUACAAGAUGUGGGAAAUCACGGACCAGAUUCCAUUCCAGAUAGUCAACAAUUCAUUCUUCAGCGUCGCUACCUUCUUUUGCAUGAGUGGCUUCACGUUAACUUUCGGUAUCUGCACCUUCCAAGAGGAACUAAAACGACGGAACCUCAUCGCCGUCUAUUUCAUGGCGUGUUUUAGGAGGUACAUUAGACUAGUUCCUCCCGCUCUGGUGAUCGUGGCCAUUGGGAUCCUGCUUCCGCUCGUCGUGGACGGUCCAGGGGACUGGGACAACUUCGCCAUCCUUACGGCAUCAUGCCACAAGAACUGGUGGACUGUAGCCCUCGCUGUCGUCAACUGGAGAUCUGUUCUCGAAGGCUGUCUGCAGCACUUGUGGUACAUCUCAGCGGACUUACAGAUCUUCGUCGUGGUAGCGAUGCCACUGGGACUUCUCUUUGUGAAGUAUCCGAAGUUCGCGACUGUAGUUGCUGCCUCUGUUGUCAUCAGCUUCUGCAUCAUAGUUUCGUACCAGACGUACGCUUGGGGACUCCUCUUUUCCUUCACAACGGGCUCACCAGACCUGAAACGUGUGGCGGAUACGCUGGAAUUUAUUUACUUCCGACCCUUCGCGCACGUUAGCACCUAUGUCGCAGGGAUGAUCGGCGGUUACUUAGCCUUCAAGCACAGGAACGCCUCCAUCAACUGUCGGAAGCAAGUUCUUCUGUGGCUGACGGCCAUCGCGCUCAGUUCAUUCGUCAUCUUCGUGACGACACCGUGGAACCGUCAUGGUCCACCGGGGCAACUGGUCAACGCCCUGUACGGAGGCUUCAACAGAGUGGUGUGGGCCAUUGCAGCCAAUCUACUUCUCUUUGCGUGUGCAACAGGGAAUGGAGGAAUCGUCAACAGCUUCUUGUCGCUAUCAGCGUUCAAGGUUCUGGGUCGGCUCGUCUUUGGGAUAUACCUGGUGCACGUCGUUUUUCUUCUGGUCCGAAUGGGACACUCCAAGACGCUCUUGCACAGUGAACAGUUCUUUCAGAUGUUGCACUUCUUCGGUUUCACGGCCAUGAGCAUUAUUUGCUCCUACGUGCUGAACCUGAUGGUUGAAUCCCCGGUGACAGUCCUCGACCAAUUGAUGUUCGCGAAGACGGAUGCGCCCAAGCCGACGGAAAAGCCCAAGGAGAAUGGUAGCGAAUGCGAAAAGUCACGAUUAUGAAACUACAUGUUCAGAAGAAUUCCCACUCUGUGUGUUAUGUUCUGGAAGUGCGAAAGAACAAACAAUAAAGAUACGAUGCAAAAUUAA